UUCAGAGUCAUCUCGCGCCGUCAGGACGUUUUGUCCUAUUUGAAUAAAAUCCAUUUCCCCGAUCCUUUCGCUGAUCUUUCUCUCCCCAACUUGACUUGGCAGCAUUUACUAUCAACUAUCACCCAAAAUGAGCUGGAUCCCCGAUCCCAUCCUCCACACCCUCUACGGAGUCCGACCAGCAGCACCACCCCCGCAACGCACAAAACCAAUGCAGAUCCUCGCCGUCGGCAUCUCCCGCUCAGGAACCGAAUCCCUCCGCGAAGCACUGCACAUCCUCGGAUUCAAACACACACACCACGGCUUUGACACGAUCCUCCCCCCGUAUGACCUUGAGGAGAUAUACCGGCUACUGAAGAGGAAAUACACACCAGGGAGUCCGAAUCUCACAGCAGAAGACUUCGAUACGUUUCUGUGGGAUUGCGUCGGGGUGUCUGACCUACACGCCGCCGAAUUCGCACCCGAAUUGAUCUCUGCGUACCCGGAUGCAAAAGUCAUUUUGAAUACGCGGAGGGACCUCGAUGCGUGGUAUACGUCCAUGGAAGCGACGAUGGGAUACUUCGAUGCGAACCCGGUGGACUGGGAUUGGGUCACGUCGUGGUUCUGUGCGGAGUUGUUUUGGGUGAGGCAGUGUAUGUGUCGGACGCUUAUGCCGCGUUUCUUCGGGGGAAGCUUUGCCGAGAAUGGGAUGGAUGUAUACAAGGAACAUGUUGAGAUGGUUAGAGCCCUGAUGAAGGUACGAGGCGAGCAAGGGAGGUUGCUCGAGUGGAGCGUUGAAGAUGGAUGGGGGCCGCUAUGUGAGUUUCUGGGGAAGAGUGUCCCGGAGGGUAUCGCGUUCCCGAGUGGGAAUCCGCCGCAGGCGUGGGCGGAGAGGAUUGCGCGCACGACAGAGGUGUAUCAUCGGCGGGCAGUCAGGAACAUGGCGCUCUUUGGGGCGGUUGUUGUGGGUGUUUUUGGGGUGGGUGUUGCAAGAUGGGGUGGAUAACUUUACCUACGCUAAAACUGGAAUCAUCUCCUAUCUGCCCGAAGACCCGUCUGUUUAGUUACAGGACUCUUUUCCACCCUCAAGACUUGUACAUCUAGAUUCCGGCCACAAGAACAGCCGCUGCCCCUGCAGCCAACAACCUCGCACUCCCCCAAUUCCCGUAGCCAUCGGCACCGCCCCAUUAACAGAGGUAACCGACCCCGCAGUGAUAGUAACAGGAUCCGUCUCGAGCGUAACA